AUAAUAAGAAACCGUUCUCCUUUGUAAUUGUAGGUCGGUUUUUGAAUAAAGUGACUUUUUUUAUUUAUUUAUUUGGUCUUUUUAAUAAAGAAAAAUCAGAAAAGGCUGAUCCGAACCCUAAAUUGAGCACAUCUAAGCGCAACCGUGAGCUAAGAGGGGAGAGAUCACUUACCGGCGGCGAAAAAUGCUAGGUGGAUUGUACGGAGAUCUACCUCCGCCGUCAGAUGAUGACAAACCGAGCGGAAACUCCUCCUCCGUCUGGUCCAGCAGUACGAAGAUGGCUCCACCGACACUCCGCAAACCACCAGCUUUUGCUCCGACGCAAACAAUCCUCAGACCUCAAAACAAGCCCAAGCCUAUCCCCUCCCAGUACAAACUUCCUCCUCCUCCUUCUUCUUCCUCCUCCCAGUCGAUGCUUACCGCGGCACCAUCGCAACCGGCAUUGGUUGGUCUGACCUCAUCGGUGAUUGAAGAGUACGAUCCAGCUAGACCCAACGACUACGAGGAAUACCGGAGGGAGAAGAAGCGGAAAGCCGUGGAAGCUGAGAUGAAGCGGGAGCUGGACAAGAGGCGACACGAGGAAGACGAGAAGCGAGAAAGAGAGCUGAGGGAGAAGGAGAGAGAAAGAGAUCGCGAUCAGCCUCCUCCUCCUCCUCCGCUGAAUAUCUCUGGGGAGGAAGCGUGGAAGAGACGCGCCGCCAUGAGUGGUGGCGGGGGGAAGCGAAGAUCAUCUUCUCCUCCGGCGGAGACGAGUGGGCAGAUGACGGCAGCGGAGAGGAUGAUGGCGAAGAUGGGAUGGAAGCAAGGACAAGGGCUUGGGAAGUCAGAGCAAGGGAUCACCACGCCCUUGAUGGCUAAGAAGACUGACCGUAGAGCUGGCGUCAUUGUGAAUGCUAGUGAGAACAAGGUCAAGAGUGUUAAUAUCAGUGGAGAACCAACCAGAGUCUUGCUUCUUACAAACAUGGUUGGACCAGGAGAAGUAGAUGAUGAGCUAGAAGAGGAGGUGGGAUCAGAGUGUGGCAAAUACGGAACAGUGACUCGUGUACUGAUAUUCGAGAUCACUGAAGCCAACUUCCCUACACACGAAGCAGUAAGAAUCUUUGUUCAGUUUUCAAGAUCCGAGGAAACAACUAAAGCCCUUGUGGACCUGGAUGGGAGAUUCUUUGGAGGCAGGACCGUGCGUGCAACUUUCUACGAUGAAGUGAAAUUCAGCAAGAACGAGUUGGCUCCAGUACCAGGUGAAAUCCCUGGCUAUUAAAAUUAGCGAACAACUCUCUCAAGGAUAGGAGGGAAGAAGAAGACACUGCUUGUUCUCUAUAAGAAUCUUUGAUAGAGUAGAGAUUGAUGUUUUUCUAGUAUUAUUUGUAAAGUACACUUGAGAUCAAGAAACGUUACCUUUCUCAUUCAAACACCGUUUCCCCGAUUAUUACUAGAUUGCUUAUUGCAGGAGGAGCACAUAGAAUUCGAUUUUUAUUAGUCACUUGACAUCAAAACUACAGUCUACUAAUUAGACUAAUCACGUCGGGUCAACCCGAUCCGAGCUAGUAAAAAUUGGGUGAUCAUGUUCUAUUGAAGCUUGGUCCAUAAAGCCUGCUUUUUUGGAGAAGAAUCUUAUUUUCGUAGCAGUAGGCCCAAAUUUGAUAUCAGGCAAAAAAGUGGUCAAGCUUUUACUGGGAGCAACAGAAAAAGGUUCUAUUCCAAACAAUUUUUUUUUGUCUGGUUAAAUAACUUUCAAUAGUAACAGAACAAUUGGAAAAUAAUCUGUUUGAUGAACAAAACAAAAGUUGACAGUUUAAGUAAUUAAUAUACUAAUAAAAUAAAUUAUUUAAAAUGUUUCAAAAAUUAAAAAGUGAUGUCAAAAAAAUAAAAUAUAUGGUUGAUUAAAUUGAUAUUUCCUUUGCACUCGUUUGAAUAUUUAAAUUUUUUUAUUUCUUUAACAAUUUAAUAAUGUAUGCAUCAUACAUAGAUAAUCCAUCAAUUACCCUAACUCCUCCAAAUCGUCAAAUAUAUUCUUCAAUUUCUCAACUCAUCAAAUGAUGUAACCUUUCGAUCGUUUUAGUUCUAACCAUCACACAACAACUCCACGAGAUCUGUUUCCAUUUACACCUAUAUGGGCCAUAUGAAUAAUACCAUAAUAUGAUUAUGUACUUUCAGUCUUUCACCAUUAUAUUUCUUCUUUCAAAAAAAUAUAUUAUUAUGUAUGUCAAUAAAUAUAAUCGUUUUGCAACUGUGAAAAACUUUGUCAUUCAAAGAUAUAAACAACGUCCACAUCAUUGUACGAAUUAAUUUGUCCAUUUUUAUUAAUCAUGUAUAUACACCGCUUUGAAGUUAAAAUCACAAUGUCUCAACAAACCUGCAGCAAACGGACCAUCCCUUAGCUUAGCUAUAUCAUAAAAAAAAAUCAAAAUUAUUGCUGGUUUUGGUGCUGCACAAAAUUCAAUGCCCUAAAGCCCUCAAUCAUCAACCCUACAUUUACAUUUUCAACAUCAUAUAAACACUUCAUUUUAAAGUUCAAACAUACAAAUUAUUUUGGACCUAUGAAACCCUCUUAUGUGCAUUUACACACUUUCACUGUCUUGGUAUCUCCCCUUCAUAAUAAUUACAACAACUACCAGAAAACACACAAACACAAAACGAAAGAAACAAGAGCAGUGAUAAGUGAACAAAGAAAGGAACUACAUGCAGAAACCUGAAACUAAAUUGAAUGGGUCAAAUCAACUAAAAUGAAAUCAAAUGGGUCAAACUGACAUUUAUCCAAUUAGAUAUCACUGCAUAACCCAGCAGUUCUUGUUACUGCUUACCCCAAAACUGAUGAAAUAGUAUUA